AUGGGGGCAAAUGGAAGCAAAAUUACGCCACAAGAUAGGGCUAUUCUUGAUCUCAAAGUGCAAAGAGAUAGGCUCAAGCAAUACAGCAAAAAGAUCCAAAUCGUUGCCCUUAGAGAAAAGGAGAUAGCCAAAGAGGCUCUCCUGACAGGGAAUAAGCGCAAGGCAUUAUUAGCUCUCAAGAAGAAAAAGUAUCAAGAAGCACUCCUCGAAAAGACAGAAACACAGUUAAUCAACCUUGAAGAGUUGACACAAUCCAUAGAGUUCGCUCUAGUAGAGAAAGAAGUUUUGGCUGGAUUGGCUCGUGGUAAUGAGAUCUUGAAAGAAAUCCAUAAUGAGAUAUCAUUGGAACAAGUAGAACAGUUAAUGGAAGACACAGCGGACGCAAUUGCUUAUCAGAAUGAAAUCGAAGAAUUGUUAAGCGGAAAGAUUACUGAUGAAGAUGAAGAAGAGAUCAUGCAGGAGUUAGAAGCAAUAGUGGAAGAACAGAUCGCAUCGGAGAUUAACGCGAGCAUGCCCAAAGUACCAGAUGUCGAACUGCCUGCUUCCACCAAAGUCCAUAAGAAGCCUCAAAAAGAAGAAGAGCAGCAAAUGUUACCAGCAUAA